AUGUUCCUGACCUGCGAGGGGACCUUGGGGAUCGCUCCGGCCACCAUGGACUACAGCGUGCCAGCCCGGCCGGGCCAUUUCCACGCCGGCUACCAACAGAUCGAAGGCAUCAACUUGGGCUACUUACAGAUCAACGGCACCCAGAUGUUCGCGCUGGCCCAGGUGCUCAGCGACCUGUUCAAGGACAUCCCCAGGACCACCAUCAGCAAGAAGAUGGAAACCUUAAAGAUCAAGAGCCGUCGCUGCGACCUGGCCGAGCUGCGGACCCUCAAGGCCAUCAACUCGGUGCCCACGCGCGCCGUGAAGUGCUCGCUCAUCUCCAAGGCGGACCUGGAGGCUCUCUGCACCUCCUGCAAGAGCCUCCGCCGCAGGAAAAGGAGGAGGAAGAGCAGGAGAAGGGAGCAGCUGCUGCUGCCGGGCCCCGGGGAGUUCUUCCCCUGCCCGCGGCCCCCGCCCUGCAGAGCCGGCGGCUGCUGCGGUGCCCCCGGCCGGGCCAUGCCGGCCCCCGGCCCGCAGCAGCUCCAGCCCGCCCGGGGGGGGCUCUUUGGGGGGGUCCUGGCCGGCUGCCCCCGAGAGCUGGCGCUGCUGGGCCCCGCGGCCGCGCAGCCCUGCGCGCUCCCAGGGCCCGCGGGCCGGCACCGGCGGGCCCCGGGCCGCCCCCGGGGGCUCCUCCCGCUCGGAGCGGGGCCCGCGGCCGCCAGGAAGGGCCGGUGCCGCGGCUUCCCCGCCUCCAAGCGCCAGGGCACGUCCGCCGGCUACUCCAGCGACUCGGACUCCAGCCUGGACCUCGCCGCGUCCAGCCCCGCCACCUCCAGCGACUCCUCGGAGGAGGAGGAGGAGGAAGAGGAGGAGGAAGAGGAGGAAGGGGACAGCUCGUGCAGCAGCGAGGAGGGCAGCUCCUCGGAGUCGGAGAGCAGCUCGCUGUGCAGCGGGGACUCGGUGCAGAGCACGCGGUACCGGCAGGCGGCCCUGCCCCGCUUCCAGGCCCCCCGGGAGCCGCUCGGGGAGGAGCGGCCGGCGGAGCCCCCCCCGAGCAAGGCGCUGCGCCCCGACCCCGAGCUCCUCUUCCUCUCGCAGCACCUCUGGGCCCGCACCCUGCGAGCGUCAACUUUGGAAAGUUUGAGCGCGGCCGCAGCGCCGGGGGCUCAGCCGGGGCUGUACGCGAGGCACGAGGCCUCCCCUGCCUCCUCCUCCUCCUCCUCUUCCUCUUCCUCCUCUUCCUCCUCCUCCUCCUCCUCCUCCUCCUCGCCCCCUCCCUCCCCGAGCAGCAGCAUCCCCGGGGGGGCCCCGCCACAAAAGGAGCGCGGCUUUGGGGACGCCGGCGGGAAGGAUUUGCACAAAGACGCCUCGAACAAAAGCUCCUCGUUAGAGCGGCCCAGCGGAGCCUCCCCGGGGCCGGCACCUUCCCCCGAACCGGCCCCGGAGCUGCGGGCGAGCCCCGCUGCCCUCGGCGAGCCCCGGCCGGAGCAUUUCGACCGCUUGAUCCGCCAGUCCAAGCUGUGGUGCUACGCCAAGGGAUUCAACGUGGACGGGAAAGGUUUGCGGCAGGGCCGGGGCAGCCCGGAGCCCUGGAGGGGAGCGGAGCUGCGGUUCCAACCCCGCGGAGGAACCGGGAGCCCCGCGGCGCUGCGGAGCCGCCAGGACGGCAGCGCCAAACGGCGGCGCCUGGCCAGGGUCACCGAGAGGCAGCGCGGCCCCUCCAAAGCCAGGCCGCCAAAAACUCCCCGCAGGAAUUCCAGGAAGGGAAACGCUCCCUGCAAGGCCAGCCCGCCUCGGAAUUCCUUCAGCCUGAUGGGCAACUUCCCCUGCACGCCCUCGCUGGUGGUGGGCGAGGACGGGGACCUGUGCCCGGCCUCGUCGCUGGGCGGCAAAAACUCCUGGGCGCUGUCCAAGACGCACCCGCUGUGGCGGUGGCACCUGGGCGGCAGCGCCAUCCCCGUGCCCCCCAGCCUCAAAUUCCGCGGCUGCGCCAGCCUGGAGGAUCCCUGA